AUGAUCCAUCUGUAUGACUACACCUUCGGUCCGACAAAGCUUAAUGUUGAUACUCGUCAUGCGAAAAUUCUGCUCACAGAACCUCCAUUUAAUCCCCUGCAAAAUCGUAAAAAGAUGUACAGCGUUAUGUUUGAGAAAUAUGGUUUCAAUGCCGUUCAUAUUGCCAUCCAAGCUACUCUGACUUUAUACGCCCAAGGCUUGAUGACCGGAGUCGUGGUUGAUUCUGGUGAUGGUGUCACGCAUAUUUGUCCUGUCUACUCCGGACACACUAUGACCCACUUAACGAAGCGUUUGGACGUCGCUGGUCGCGAUAUUACUCGCUAUCUAAUCAAGUUACUCCUUCUUCGUGGCUAUGCCUUCAACCAGACGGCUGACUUCGAAACAAUCAGGCAAAUGAAAGAAAAGCUCUGCUAUGUGGCAUACGAUUUGCAACAAGAGCAAAGUCUUGCACUUGACACCACAGUGCUGGUCAAGAAGUAUACGCUCCCCGACGGCCGGGUAAUUAAAGUUGGUGGGGAACAGUUUGGAGCCCCGGAGGCUCUCUUCCAGCCAAACCUCAUUGACAAUGAGAGUCCCGGCAUUUCCGAAAUGCUCUUCAGCACAAUCCAGUCUGCACCUAUAGAUACGAGAGCAGAGUUCUACAAGUACAUCGUCCUGAGUGGAGGUAGUACAAUGUAUCCCGGUCUGCCGAGUCGCCUAGAGAAGGAGGUCAAACAGUUGUACACACAGAAUGUCCUGAAGGGAGAUCCGAAGGGUUUGGCGGUAAUUUUUGUCUGUUUUUGCCUCUUUCGAUUGCCUACAUCUGGCACUUCUUUGAUUAGCUAUUUUUACACCAGAGUUAGCGUUAUCUCCAUCCAUGGCGUGGCAGUCACCAGUCUUCCAGCAUCGUAA